AUGUCGGUUCUAUUCACGGCAAUAUCAAGCGACAACCCAGUCACAAAUAGAGAUGUUCGAAAGGUGCUGGAGAAAAUAGACGUACAACCCUCUACCUCAGAUGAAUCCGACUUCACGAAAUUGCUGCAAGUAUUCCAUGGGUGUAUGGAAGUCGUGGAAAGCUUGCCAGAUUACCAACCUGGUGUCGACUACCACCGGUUUCCCCGCUUGAACAUCAAACGACCCAGCCUCGAGGAAAACGUGUUGGGACAUGCAUGGUCCUACACAUUCUCAAUCAAGGACACGCUCGAGUGUAAUAGUCUUCUCCGAGGCAAGACUAUUUGUUUGAAGGACUGCAUUGCAGUAGCAGAAAUUCCGCAGGUCAUGGGCACAGAUGUUUUUGACCCUUGGGUACCCGUUAGCGAUGCUACUAUUGUAAGGGGGGAGAUAGUCGGCACGGCGCAGUCAGAGAAUUUAUGUCAAAGUACCAGUUCCAACUCCAGUGCCCAAGGCGUUAUCGAAAACCCUCGUGCAUAUGGCUAUUCUGCCGGAGGAAGCACAUCGGGGGCAGCCGCGCUCGUCGGAGCUGGCCUCGUUGACAUCGGCCUCGGUGCCGAUCAAGGGGGAAGUGUACGAGUCCCUGCAUCGCUCUGUGGACUAGUCGGGCUUAAACCUACCUUUGGACUCAUUCCCUAUACAGGAAUCGCGAGCAAUGACGCAGUCGACGAUCACGCAGGCAUCCUCGCAAGGACUGUGUUGGAGGUGGCACAGUGCUUGGAAGCGACCGCUGGAUACGAUGGCCUGGACGACCGGCAGUGCGGCGCACCGCCACCAAACAAGGUAAAGUUUGCUGUAGACCUGAAAGCUUGCGAGUCACUCGGCGUUCAAGGCAUGCGAAUCGGCAUUCUCCAAGAAGCCUUCGGAAUGCCAUUGCUCAACCUCAACGUCCGGGACAAAGUAAUGGCGGCAGCAAACAAGUUCAAAGAACUGGGUGCUCACGUCGAAGAGGUUUCGAUUCCUUUCCAUCCAACAGGCAAUGCCAUUUGGACGAUCCAACAACGCUUCUCAGGAUGUCUCACCUUGCUGGGUUGCGCCCAUGGUCGCCGAGGGGUUGGACUGCCCGGCCUAGAGAAAGCCAAAUGCCAUUGGGACCAGGCCAAGUUUGACAAGAGCUUCGCCACCACGCAGAACAUCCUCUUGAAUGGCCUUUAUCUUUUGGAGCACAGUCCUGAUCUUUAUUGCAAGGCGCUGAACCUCAUCCGAAAGCUGAGAGAGGACUACGAAGCGGCCUUGCAAAGUUACGACGUUUUGAUCCUUCCAACAACCUCCUUCGUGGCCAGAAAGCAUGGGAGCCGGACAACGCCGCCAAUCGAACAAAUCGCGCCCACUCUUGGGCUGACGGCCAACACGGUGCAGUUCAAUGCUACUGGCCAUCCUGCCAUGUCGAUCCCUAUCGGAAAAAUUGGUGCAGAGGACGACAGCAAUGUUAUGUUGCCUGUAGGCAUGCAAAUUGUGAGCGGUUUGUGGCGAGACGAUAAAGUCCUCCGUGUUGGGCAUGCUUGGGAGAAGGCCUUUGACUGGGAGAGCUGCUGA